CUUGAUCGUGAGCGAGCAGCGGUAGCGCAUGCGCAUUCCAGUUGACUGCAGGCACCGUGAGCGUGGUGUUGCUGGAUCGUGGCGGGAUGCUGAUUUAAUUACACGUCUUAACAUGGAGCGUGUCUUAUAUCAGCAGCUCCCUCAGCAAACGGCAAAGCUUGUGAAUAUCCAGGCUCAACAGCCAAAGGCGGCCGACGCAUUUGUGAGAGCGUUUCUGAAGCGCAGCUUGCCCCAGAAGAGCGAGGAGGCCAUUGACGAUCUCUUAACCCGGAAAGCUGUUGUUCUCGAGCACUUUCAGAAGAGGAGGAGACGAGAAAGAAAGACGAGAGGGAAAGGUCUUUCAGCCAAGCAGAGGAGAGAGAUGCGGCUCUUUGAAAUUCAACCAGAACACCAGAGGUACGAGAUGUUUCUACCUUUGCACGAACUAUGGGAGCAAUAUAUCCGGGACCUUUGCAAUGGACUCAAGCCGGAAACACAGCCACAGAUUAUUCAAACCAAACUGCUGAAAGCUGAUCUGCACGGUGCCCUUGUUACAGUGACCAAAUCGAAAUGCCCCUCCUAUGUUGGCAUUACGGGCAUUGUCGUUCAGGAAACGAAGCACGUUUUCAAAAUCAUCACAAAAGAAGACCAAUUGAAAGUCGUUCCCAAGUUUAACAAUGUCUUCAGCAUGGAGAUUGAUGGCUUCGUAUCCUAUAUCUUUGGCAGCAAGAUCCAGUUCAGAGCCAGUGAACGUUCUGCGAAGAAGUUCAAAGCAAGAGGAACUAUCGAUUUGUAACUAGUCUACAAAUCUAGAAACCUGGUUACUUUGAUGUGGGAUGGGAAGCAUUGAUCACAGCAUAUAAACUAAAACUGGUCAUAACCCCCAAAUAUCUUUGCCAUGAUGCAUGAAAUAGGAAUACUGGAUAUUUCUAACACACAUUCAUGUUUUUAUGUUUCUAGCAUCUGUUUUUCCUUUUUUUAAAAAAAUGAUUUGUAUUUAUAAAUCCUAUAUUUAAAUAAAACUAUUCUACUUUCUA